UUUUUCGAAGCAUCAACAACAUUAACAAUCGUGCCUGAUUUUAAGCGUAUCGACUUGUUUUAGGAAAAUUUCCCGUUUUUAUGUCAAAGUUAUUUUGAAAGUAAAAAAAGAAAAAAGUAAAAAAAAGAGAAACACGACGAGUUUUCGCUGGGGAAGGUGCUGGAUCUGCUGGGAAAUACUUAAGGCAAUCAUCGUCUAAUCAUGCCCGUCGAGGAGAAGGUGUUCUUUGAGGACCAGCCCGGAAGGAAGUUCGAUCGGUGCAUGGCCAAUGGCAUUGUGAAGGGCGGCGGCGGCUUUGUCGUGGGCGCGGUUAUAUCCCUAUUAUUUCUGCGUCGGCGCGUUUGGCCGAUAUUGCUGGGCACUGGAUUCGGCAUCGGGGUGGCCUACAAGACGUGCGAAAAGGACUUGGAGUCGUUUAAGUAAACUAUUCAAGAUUCACAAGAUUCACAAGAUUCACAAAAUUCAUCAAUGCAAGCACACGCACACACACACGAACACUCACACACAUACAAAACUUUGGCUGUGCAACUAUGUAUUCAUAUGUACGUGUCCAUCAAAUGUACAUAACUAUGACUAUCUAUAUGUAAAGAGAUAUAUAGACAGAGAAACAGAUCAAGAGCAAACGCGUGCGACGAGGGCGAAGGCUAAGGCUAUGGCUAAGGCGAUGGCUAGGGUGCGGGAGCGGGAGCGGGAACGGGAGAGGAAGAGGGAGACGGUGAGCGAGAAGGAGGAGAGCAAGCAUGUCACUCACAGUAUCUCUGCACUCUCAGCCAUCUAAGUUUUAUGUUGUAGCUGUUACUUGU